UCAAAAAAAAUUUUUUUUUAUUUUUUUCGACGAAUUUGUGAAUUUUAUUGAAAAUGUGAAAAGAAUAAAUUUAUAUUUAAUGCGCAAGGUUUUAAAAGUUUGUCAAGUGUUUUGUGUGUAUAAUCCUAUUAAGAAAAAUCAAUUUUGAAAUGUAUUUAAAAUUUUUCGCGAUAAAAUAAAAUGAACUUUAAAUAAAAUGGGGAAAAAAGAAUAAGAGUAUUUACGCAUUAAAGUUCGGAGAACUAAAAGGGAAAUCUUAUUCAAAAAUCUCUCAAUUAAAUUUUAAAAUAUUAAAUUCGAGGCUCUCCGCAAGUCCGGUUUUUGGAUGCAUAUUAUGUACAUAUCAUCAGGGAAUGUGUCAGCAUAAAAAAAUAAAUGCUCUUUAUUUCGAGAACCAGAUUUCGACCAGAACCGAGUUUUGGCUACGAGGUUUGAAAUUUGAAUUUGUUUUAGGGCGUUUUUAUGGGGUAAUUAUUGUUCCAAUCUAUUGCUUGUAUGGGAUAAUUAAUGAAUGUGGGGUAAUUAUUUGA